AUGGUCUCAGAGCACUGGAUCCCCAAAAUGCGAAACCAGGACAGCUCCAGUCCCCAAUCCACCACCGCCGCCGCCAAGAAGAAAGAAUCCAAACCCUCUCCCGAGCUGAACGUCGUCGGAAUCCUAUCCUUCGAGGUGGCCAGCGCCAUGUCCAAGAUCAUCCACCUCCACAAGUCCCUCUCCGCCUCCCAGAUCUCCCGCCUCCACGGUGAAGUACUCAAUUCCCAUGGCGUGCGGAACCUCGUCUCCGACGACGAGACCCGGCUGCUGGAACUGGUGGUUGCGGAGAAGCUCGACGACCUGGACCGAGCCGCCGCGGUGGUGUCCCGGCUGGGGAAGCGGUGCAACGAGCCGGCUCUGGUGGGCUUUGAGCACGUCUACGCCGACCUCCUCCGAAGCCGGGUGGAGAUGGGCAAGCUGGGUUUACCGGCGAAGGACAUGGAAGGCACGAUCAGGAAGAUGGAAAGGUACGUGAGCUCCACGGCGAGCCUCUAUGCCGAGCUGGAGGUGCUGAACGAGUUGGAGCAGGGGGCGAGGAAGUUCCUCCCAAGCCAGUACCACGAGGAGACCCGCCGGGCCUUCGAGCAGAAGAUCCAGUGGCAGAGGCACGACGUCCGGCACCUCAGGGACGUCUCGGUGUGGAACCAGACCUUCGACAAGAUCGUCAGCCUAAUGGCGAGGGCCGUCUGCGCCAUUCAUUCCAGGAUGAGCCUCAUCUUCGGGGAGGCGAUUCUCCCCCAAAAUGUGGGCACAGAGCUCUCGGGUCGGUUCGUCUCCGGCCAACUCGUCUCCGGGCGCCGCCGCGUCCCUCCGUCCGGUGCUGUGGCGGCGAUGCCGCAGAGAAAGCAAGUUGGUGCUCUCCGCGUGGAGAGCCUCAGGCUCCCCUGCGGGCCAUCUCCGGUGAGACUCUUCGCCGAAUGCCUCAGCUUAGCCAGUUCCGCCCCUUUGGAGGAUGAUCGGGAUGGGGAUGACGAGCAUCUAGAGAGGGGAAGCAGCCGGAGCCGGGCGCCGAUGAGCGGCCCCUUCCUCCGUGGCCGACCCAGCAAGCAGCGGACAUCCAUCCCGAAGAACGGGUUGGCGGCACGCGCCGCCCCCUCCUCCGUCGGUGGCUCUGCUCUUGCCCUGCAUUAUGCGAACGUUAUAAUCAUCAUCGAGAAGCUCCUGCAGUAUCCCCAUCUUGUCGGAGAGGAAGCCCGGGACGACCUCUACCAGAUGCUGCCGACGAGCUUGAGGUCUUCUCUGAGGAAGACACUCCGGUCGUACAUCAAGGAUCUUGCGAUCUACGACGCCCCCCUGGCUCAUGACUGGAAGGAGCGCCUCGGCAAGGUCCUCACCUGGCUCGGCCCCAUGGCUCACAACAUGAUUAGAUGGCAGACCGAAAGGAACUUCGAGCAGCAGCAGAUAGGGCCGCGGGGGAGCGUCCUCCUUCUGCAGACCCUUUUCUUCGCCGACAGGGAGAAGACGGAGGCCGCCAUCUGCGAGCUUCUGGUAGGUCUGAACUACAUCUGCCGUUACGAGCACCAGCAGAGCGCCCUCUUGGACUGCUCCAGCAGCCUGGACUUCGAGGACUGCGCCGACUGGCAGCUCUAG